CUGCAUCCAGCGCGCGCCCCACGUUCCUGGCCCGGAGGCGAGCCCGGCGCGGGCGGGGGUCGUGUUCUCCGGGGCGCAGGGAAGCCUCCUGCACCCGCCCGGGGCCGCCCAGACCUGCCACCUCUCGGCCAAGCCAGAUCAGAGCCGCCCCACCAUGGGCUGGGGAGCCGGCGGGAGCUGCACCCCGCGCCCACCCAUCCACCAGCAGCCGGCGCCAGAGCCCCGCGUGAUCACUGUGGUCUUCCUUGGCCUCCUGCUUGACCUCCUGGCCUUCACCCUGCUGCUGCCCCUGCUGCCCGGGCUGCUGGAGAGCCACAGCCGUGCCCACGACCCCCUCUAUGGCUCGUGGCAGCAAGGGGUGGACUGGUUUGCCGCAGCCAUUGGGAUGCCAGCAGAGAAGAGGUACAACAGCGUCCUGGUCGGAGGUCUGAUUGGCUCGGCCUUCUCCUUCCUGCAGUUCAUCUCGGCACCGCUUACGGGAGCAGUCUCUGACUGCCUGGGGAGGCGCCCAGUGAUGCUGCUGUCCCUGGCAGGUCUGGCUGCCUCGUAUGCUGUGUGGGCUGCCUCAAAUAGCUUCGCAGCCUUCCUGGCCUCCAGAGUGAUUGGGGGCAUCAGCAAGGGGAAUGUCAGCCUCUCCACUGCCAUCGUUGCCGACCUGGGUUCACCUGCCGCCCGCAGCCGAGGCAUGGCAGUCAUCGGGGUGGCCUUCUCGCUGGGCUUCACACUGGGCCCCAUGCUUGGCGCCGCCCUGCCCGUGGAGAUGGCACCCUGGCUCGCCCUGCUCUUCGCAGUCUCUGACCUGCUGUUCAUCUUCUGCUUCCUGCCGGAGACGCUGCCCCCGGAGAAGCGGGCGUCCUCCAUUGCCCUGGGAUUCCAAGCUGCUGCUGACCUGCUCAGCCCCCUGGGCCUGCUCCACUUCUCUGCUGUGGCCCGUGGCCAGGACCCGCCCGCUGCAGACAGGCUUGGCAGUCUGCGCCGCUUGGGCCUGGUCUACUUCCUCUACCUCUUCCUGUUCUCUGGCCUGGAGUACACGUUGAGCUUCCUUGUGCACCAGCGCUUCCAGUUCAGCAGCCUGCAGCAGGGGAAGAUGUUUUUCUUCAUCGGCCUCACCAUGGCCACCAUCCAGGGUGCCUACGCCCGGAGAAUCGGCCCUGGCAAGGAAAUUGCAGCUGUGAAGCAGGCCAUUCUGCUGCUCAUGCCUGCCUUCCUCCUCAUCGGCUGGGGGCGCACGCUGCCUGUGCUGGGCCUGGGGCUGCUGCUCUACUCCUUCGCUGCUGCUGUCGUGGUGCCCUGCCUGUCCUCCGUGGUCGCUGGCUAUGGCUCGCCCGGGCAGAAGGGCACAGUCAUGGGCACACUGCGGAGCCUGGGGGCCCUGGCCAGGGCAGUGGGGCCCAUGGUGGCCACCUCAGUGUACUGGCUGGCCGGGGCCCCGGUCUGCUUCACCGUGUGCUCAGGGCUCUUCCUGCUCCCCUUCCUCCUCCUGCGGAACCUGAGGCCUCCAGCACAGACACUCAAGGCCGAGUAGCUGAACUGGCCCCACCCCAAGCUGGGGGAGCUGAGGCAGGAAGUGGGAGGCCUGGGCCAGGACCACUCCCCACUGCCCGCCUGACCCCUGCUUUUACCCUGGGGCCCAGCCCCAGGGGGCCCAAGGCACUCCUUUCCCCUCCCUGGUGUGGACCUGGGCAGCCCUGUGGAGUACAGUCAGUGACUCCAAAACCUUCCAGGCUUUCUGUCUGCUUGGUUUUUACUCUGCAACACAUGGCAUCAGCCAGGCCUCUGAAUGACAAAAUACAGCAGCUAUUUUAUACCAAGUGCCUUUCUCUAGUACACAGCUCUGCCUCAACACCCACCACCCUGGAGGACCCCCAGGCACCAGACGCAGCAGCUUGAGCUAACAGCUUCUACAGCUCCACUGACCAGAAGAGUACAGGCUCUUCCCAAGCCUCAGUUUCCCUUCUGCACAAUGGUGAGGGUGGAAAGGCAGAUGGAGGGCUCUCCAAGACCGAGGUGUGCCCUGCACCCUGGCAGACUGGGGAGGAGGGACUCCUCUGCUGGACUGUCCCCAUCACCAGUCCUGCCUCUCCUGUCUGCUCAGCUGCAGUGAGGCUGAGACUCUGGGGUCUGCUCAAACUGUGGGGACACAGGAGUGUCAGGACGGCUUUCUGGUGCUCUGUGGGCCCUGCCCGGCAGCUCCCUGCCCACCACCUUCAGUCCCAGCAGAGAAAUAAGGUGGCACUGA